UUCCAGCAUCCAGUAGCAUCCAUGGCAACCCUGCAAACACAGCCUGAUAACUGACAUUCUGCCAGGCCGGUAACACCGGAAAGGCCAUCCUGCAAGAGCAGCUAACAAGCAGUAACGGUGUCCCAUAAUGAAUUUGGCUGAGAUUAUUGAUAAUGCUAAAAAGGGCAGAGAAUAUGCCCUGCUUGGAAAUUACGACUCCUCUAUGGUUUAUUAUCAAGGUGUCAUCCAGCAAAUCCAGAAACACUUCCAGUCCAUUCGAGAUCCUGUAGUGAAGGUCAAGUGGCAGCAGGUAUGUCAAGAAUUAGUAGAGGAGUAUGAACAAGUUAAAGUUAUUGUAAACACAUUGGAAUCCUUCAAAAUUGAAAAACCUGCGGAGUUUCCAGUUGCUUUGCAAGAUGAACCUGUCAAGGACCCAGCGGUUUGGCCACCUCCUGUUCCAGCAGAGCACAGGGCUCCUCCUCAAAUUAGACGUCCCAACAGAGAUUUAAAACCACUAAGGAAAGAAUCACCAGGAAACCAGCCACAUGGGCCUGUAGGAAAAGCACAUCCCAUCUCAAAAAAUGAUAAGUUCUCAAAUCGAGAAAGAGAUGUUCGUUCACGUGGUAAAGAAGACAAGGGUCGGAAAAAUCAACAAGAGGAGUUGAAGAAGUUUGAUGGUGCAGGAUAUGACAAGGAUCUUGUUGAGUCUUUAGAAAGAGACAUCAUCUCAAGGAAUCCAAAUGUGCGUUGGUAUGAUAUUGCCGAUUUGGAAGAAGCAAAGCGGUUAUUGAGAGAAGCAGUUGUCCUUCCUAUGUGGAUGCCCGACUUCUUUAAAGGUAUCCGAAGACCCUGGAAGGGUGUACUUAUGGUUGGACCUCCUGGCACAGGUAAAACCAUGCUUGCUAAAGCUGUGGCUACUGAAUGCGACACAACUUUUUUCAAUGUGUCUUCCUCAACAUUAACCUCCAAAUACAGGGGAGAGUCAGAAAAACUUGUCCGCCUAUUGUUUGAAAUGGCUAGAUUUUAUGCACCUACAACAAUUUUUAUUGAUGAAAUUGACUCAAUCUGUAGUCGCAGAGGCACAUCUGAUGAGCAUGAGGCAAGUCGGCGAGUCAAAUCGGAGCUGCUUGUUCAGAUGGAUGGUGUUGGAGGCACAUUAGAAAAUGAUGAUCCCACAAAAAUGGUUAUGGUCCUGGCUGCUACCAAUUUUCCUUGGGAUAUUGACGAGGCUUUAAAAAGAAGAUUAGAAAAACGGAUCUAUAUACCCUUACCUACAGCAAGUGGAAGAGCAGAACUGCUGAAAAUAAACCUGCGAGAACUUGAAAUAGAUCCUGAUGUUAACCUUGAAACCAUUGCUGAGAAGAUUGAAGGCUAUUCCGGUGCAGAUAUAACCAAUGUCUGCAGGGAUGCUUCAAUGAUGGCCAUGCGAAGACGUAUUGAGGGCUUAACACCGGAGCAGAUGCGUGCCUUGUCCAAGUCAGAGCUUCAGAUGCCUGUCACUAUGACAGAUUUUGAGCAGGCUCUAAAAAAGAUUUCAAAGUCAGUCUCUGCUGCAGAUUUGGAGAAGUAUGAAAAAUGGAUGGCAGAAUUUGGUUCUUCAUAGACGCUUGCACUCCGAGGUAGAACUAGAAAUUGCUGGUCUCACACAAAACAAUUUCCUUUUACCUAGCUGCUUUGGAUCUGUAUAUUUAUUACAUACCCUCUACUAUUUUCUUUGAACAUCGUCAUAUUAACUGUCUUCCUACUCAAAAUGGAAUUCAUAUUUAGAUAUGAUAAAGGUAGGAUGUGUA